AAUCUUCCUAUAAAUCCCACAAACUCUCUUCACAAUUCAAUAACACCAAGACUUUCCUUGUGUUAUUUGUCACACUCUUUAACAUAUCAAAAACUCAUCAAUGGCUUCUUCUAGUUCAAUUAUGAAAAGAUCAGAAUCAAUAGUCGAUAACAUGCCAGAAGCCUUGAGACAAAGCCGGUAUCACAUGAAGAAAUGCUUUCUAAAAUACUUAGAAAAAGGUAAAAGAAUGAUGAAACUCCACCAUUUGAUGCAAGAAAUGGAGAGUGUCAUUGAGGACAAAGAUGAAAAGGCUCAAGUCUUGGAAGGCUUACUCGGCUACAUCUUGUGCACUACUCAGGAAGCUGCCAUUGUUCCUCCUUAUAUCGCCUUCGCUAUACGCCCAAAUCCUGGAUUCUGGGAGUUUGUUAAAGUCAAUUCCAACGAUCUAUCAGUCGAAGGGAUCACUGCCACUGAUUAUUUGAAGUUCAAGGAAUCAAUCGUUGAUGAAACUUGGGCUAAUGACGAAAACGCAUUGGAGCUUGAUUUUGGAUCAAUGGAUUUCAAAUCGCCUACCAUGAGCUUAUCUUCUUCAAUUGGACAUGGAGUUAAUUUCGCAUCAAAGUUUAUUACUUCGAAGCUUUAUGCUCAAUCUGGAAGCCAACAGCUGCUCGUUGAUUACUUACUAUCGCUGGAUCAUCAAGGAGAAAACCUUAUGGUGAAUGAAACACUGAAUACAGUUUCAAAGCUUCAAGCAGCUCUAAUUGUAGCUCAUGCUGCCCUUUCUUCUUUGCCUAAUGAUACGCCAUAUCAAAGCUUUGAGCUUAGGUUUAAACAAUGGGGUUUUGAGAAGGGAUGGGGAGACAAUGCAGAAAGAGUGAGGGAAACAAUCGGGUUUCUGCUGGAGGUUUUUCAAGCCCCCGAUCCCGUAAACCUCGAGAAAUUUUUUAGCAGAGUUCCAAGCAUCUUCAAUGUCGUGUUAUUCUCAAUCCAUGGCUAUUUUGGUCAAUCUAACGUUCUCGGCUUACCUGAUACUGGAGGUCAAGUAGUUUAUGUUCUUGAUCAAGUUGUUGCUUUAGAAGAAGAAUUACUCCUCAGGAUUAAACAACAAGGACUCAGUUUCAAGCCUCAGAUUAUCGUGGUGACUCGUCUUCUUCCUGAUGCGAAGGGGACGAAAUGUAAUCAGGUGCUGGAACCAGUUAUGAACACGAAGCAUUCGCAUAUCGUUAGGGUUCCAUUUAGGACUGAAAAGGGUAUUCUUCGUAAAUGGGUGUCUCGAUUUGAUAUUUAUCCGUACCUUGAGAAGUUCACUCAGGAUGCAAGUGCGAAAGUUCUUGAAAUGAUGGAAGGAAAACCAGAUCUUAUUAUUGGAAAUUACACCGAUGGAAACCUUGUUGCAUCUCUCAUGGCCAACAAACUUGGGACGACAUUGGGAACAAUCGCACAUGCUUUAGAGAAGACAAAAUACGAAGAUUCUGACAUGAAAUGGAAGCAAUUGGACCCAAAAUAUCACUUUUCCUGCCAAUUCACAGCUGACAUGAUUGCAAUGAAUUCAGCCGAUUUCAUCAUCACCAGUACAUUUCAAGAAAUAGCCGGAAGUAAAGAUAGGCCUGGUCAAUAUGAAAGCCAUGAGGCCUUUACACUUCCAGGAUUAUACAGAGUUGUUUCAGGCAUCAAUGUCUUCGAUCCUAAAUUCAACAUCGCAUCUCCAGGAGCUGAUCAAACUGUCUAUUUCCCUUACACCGAAACACAAAAACGAUUCACUUCUUUUCAACCCGCCAUUGAAGAACUACUGUUUAGUAAAGUUGAAAACGAUGAACACAUCGGAUACUUAGAAGACAAAACUAAACCAAUCAUCUUCUCAAUGGCAAGACUCGACACAGUGAAAAACAUAACCGGACUCACCGAGUGGUUCGGACAAAACAAGCGACUCAGAUCCCUGGUCAACCUCGUAAUUGUAGCCGGUUUUUUUGACCCUUCAAAGUCAAAAGAUAGAGAAGAAAUGGCAGAAAUUAAAAACAUGCAUUUAUUAAUUGAAAAAUACGAAUUAAAAGGUCAAAUAAGAUGGAUAGCUGCACAAACGGAUCGAAACAGAAACAGUGAAUUGUACAGGUUUAUUGCUGACUCAAAAGGCGCGUUUGUUCAACCCGCUUUAUAUGAAGCUUUUGGGUUAACAGUUAUUGAGGCUAUGAAUUGUGGGUUGCCUACUUUUGCAACUAAUCAAGGUGGGCCCGCUGAGAUUAUUGUUGAUGGGGUUUCUGGAUUUCAAAUUGAUCCAAAUAAUGGUGAUGAAUCUAGCAACAAGAUUGCUGAUUUUUUCCAGAAAUGUAAAGAGGAUGUUGGAUAUUGGAGUAGAAUUUCUGAUGGUGGAUUGCAACGUAUAUAUGAAUGCUACACGUGGAAGAUUUAUGCGAAUAAAGUGUUGAAUAUGGGGAACGUUUAUGGAUUCUGGAAGCGGAUAAAUAAGGAACAGAAAGAAGCGAAACAGAGAUACAUUGAAUUAUUUUACAAUCUGCAUUACAAGAAUUUGGUUAGGACUGUGCCUGUUGCUACCGAUGAGAUUCAAUCUGCACCAGUGCCAAAAGGAAAGCUUACAACAACGCCAACUACGAGACGUUCGCAAUCCACUCUUCAAAGGCUGUUUGGAGCAUAAAGGUUUGAUGACAAUGCACCUACUUCAAGAUCCAUAUGACUUCAUAACUUCCUGUUCUUCCAAGAAAAUAUAAUUGAAAGAAAACAAGAUUCCAAUAAAAUAAAGAUGAAUUAUUGUAAAGAGCGAGAGCUAACAUGUACGAAGAAAGAUAAUAAAGAAAUUCACAUUCUUUGUCUA